CUGUCUCCUAUUAUAUCAAGCAAUUUAGGGCUUUUUAAAGUUGUGCUUGUGUGUAGAACUGCAAAAACUGAAGAGUCGCACAAACACACAGAAGUUCACAAACACUUCCUGGUAUAAAAAAGUGAUUGAAUAUGUAUCUGCAAUUCUACAUCAAUGACAAUGGUGACAAAGUCUACACUACCAAGAAGGAAUCACCUCUUGGUAAGACUACACAAUCUGCUCAUCCAGCUCGUUUUUCCCCUGACGAUAAAUUCUCAAGGCAGAGAGUUCUUUUGAAGAAGCGCUUCGGACUAUUGCCCACCCAACAACCGCCUCAGAAGUACUGAGAACAGAAAUGCUACUGCCCGCCCUACUUGUCUUUGAUGCUUGCAUUUCAGCAUUUUAUGAAAUGGAUCUGCCUUUGGUUCUCUUGUCAUUUGUAAAUGUUAAAUGCAAACUAGCUAUUUAGAUGUAGACAUUUUAUCCCUUGAUGUAUUCUUAAUGAGUUUUCCUGAUAUUAUAUAACUAUUGUUUGAUUUCAGUUUCCUCUUGUUUUUGAGUUUCUCCCUUUGCUUUGAUUUGUGUUUGUAUAGAGAAGCAUAGGGUUGCGCUAUCGGGCAAAGAAAAUUGUAGUUUUUUUAAUAAAAAAUGUACUCGGCAAUGAGAAAAUAUAAAAAGACUCUGAUUUAAACUA